AGGUUAAUUACCACUUGCCUUCAAAGUUCAUUGUGCACGCGCUGGUGGGCAUGUAAUUCCAGUCAUUUUUUUAUUUUGGUAAAGCAGCUCGUGAAAUUUGGUGAGAGUGUCACCGCGCUAGCAAACACUCAGCGAUACCGCUAUCAAUUCGAUCGAGAAGAAAGAGAACUGCUGAAACAUUCAGUUGUCAAUACCUUGAAGCAAUCGAAAUCGUUUCCAGAAGUGUGCUCUUCACAAGAUGCCUUGAACAGAGCAUCGGCCAUGUCAAAGCGUCGGUCUACCGGACAGCUUCGACGAUCCAGUCAAUACAGUUGCUAUUCUUCAACCAAAACCAUUCGAACCGUAGCAUCUCAAAUGUCACUAAAUAGCCGUGGCAAGGAAAUUUGGAGAGCCCCUGGCGUCUGCGAAAUUCCUGAUAUUCUGGGCAAAGCAUUUCUGCGACCGGAACUUCCUACUGCGUCAGAAACCACCCUCACCCUACGUGAACCCAAUGCGGCAAAAUGCAUAUCUCGACGUCCCUGGCUGCCCCCUAAUCCACAUGCAGACAUUCCCGCCUUACCACCUCUUGUUCGUUCUGAGAAUGAAUUCCAGCGUGCCAUUCGCAAGUCUCUUCCCAAGGUUCGAGUACCCACUGUGACCAAUCCCAAGGCCAUGUAUACCAAUUUUUCUGAGAUUGGUACUGGAGUCAAUGGCUCAGUUCUGAAGGCUACUCACUGUCAAAAGCGGAGCUUGAGAGUGGCUAUCAAGCGAUGCCGAUUGGACCCCGACAAGGAAUAUCGUGCUGCCAUCCUAAGAGAGCUUCGUAUCAUGUCCUCUGGGCAUGCUAACCUCAUCCGUCUACGAGAGGCCUUUGUCUGGCGUGACGAUGUUUGGAUGACUAUGGAUCUCAUGAAGUGCUCGGUCUUCGCUGUCCUUUGCCAACGUGGUAUUCCUGAGGAUUUCACUGUCUACAUUGCCGGCGAGACUUUGAAAGCACUGUAUUACCUGCACAGCAAAGGUUACAUUCACCGCGAUAUUAAGUGUGAAAACCUUCUUAUUGGCUGGAAUGGUGAAGUUAAGCUAGCUGAUUUUGGCCUUGCAACUCGGUCUAACCGUCGUAAUUGCGAUCGUCUUGGCACUGCAAAGUGGAUGGCUCCAGAAGUCAUUCGUGAGCAAUACUACGAUGAAACCAUUGAUAUGUGGUCGCUCGGUAUUACCAUCAUUGAGAUGAUGGACAGAGUCCCUCCCCAUUAUCGCAUCAAGGAUGAAUACGAGCUGUUUGAAACUGUCUUGACAGAACCCAGCCCAACCUUCACCUACAGCUAUCCAAGCAUGUACAUGCGUGGCCUUGUCGCUUGGUUGUUGGAUGAAGAUCCUCGCACCAGACCUUCUGCUCGUGAUGUCAUUCUGGAAAUCGACGCUCAUAUCCAAAGCAACCUGUUGAGAACCUCAACUCCUGAUCAGUUCACCAACUUCUUGUACCAGGUGUUGCCUUAAACUCCAAGCUAAAAGUUCAUCGAAAACAAAAAACCCAACUACUCAAACAAUUAAGAUUCUCUAAUGGAAAAAUUCAAAACAACCAAAAAAAAAUCACAACAUAAAAAACUGUAUGCGAAUCUCGCA